GCUCCACCUGACAAUAGUGGCACUGUCUGUUCAUGUCAGACUCAAGACACACCUGCAGACAAACAGCACUGAAGCCAUGAACCACACAGCUCAAGACCUGCUGAUCAUCUAUGAGCCUGAAGCAGAGCAGUGGGCCACCUACCUGCACUCCGUCUUUACCGGGGUCAUCUCAGACCAGGGCAUCUGUUGCUAUGACAUCUCCAGCCUGUCCAGCCGGAAGGACGACUUCCUCAGGCUGGCUGGAUACACCUGCAAGCUCCUCAUCCUUUCCAAGGGCAUGCUGGAGGGUCUGUGUCAGAUGCGACGCUUCUUUUUGGCCCGUGUCCUGAGUCCCGCGGCUCAUGUGGUGGUGCUGCUGUGUGGGGUGGACAACCUGACCCACUUCCUGGAGCUGGUUCCCCUGAAUGGCAACGAAUGUCUGCAGAUCUCCAGCGAGCAAGAUGCUCACGAGUACCUGUCGACUGUGACUGACAUAGUGCGAAAAGGUGCAUCAGCCACAGCGGCAAAUGUCAACCCCUUGACACGUAAAUCAUCAGGAUCAGAGCAAAAGCCGGAACAAAUGCAGUCAACCCCAGGCCAUGGUGUUGAAUCUGGCAUCGUGGUUAUUCCUCCCAGAGUUCCCUGUGGGAGCUCUACAGAGGUUUUCAUUCUUUUAAGAAACGAGGCAGCCGGAGUCAACACAGAGGUGGAAUUCACCGGUGGGAUUCAGGUGAUUAGAGUGAAACCGACCCACUGGGGUAACAGGAUCCUGUGUGUUGAUGCACCAGAUUUUCCCGCAGGGAGUGUGAAAGUGACUGUGUUUAGUGAUGGAGUGCCACUGAGCAAGGCACAAUUAUCAUACUACAGCAACAUGGAGGAGCUCACCUGCAUCCUGUCACGAGUAGCAGAUCCUGUAGACUUCAUGUGUCAGGCACUUAAGGUGUCCUCUGCAGAAAAACUGGAUCAGAAGUUGUCGUCCAUGCUGCUGAAAGGAAUGCCCACUGGAGGAUUUCAGGGGCUGCAGAGCAAAGGCCCACCUGAAAGAGCUGAGCUCCACCACGCAGACGUGCCCACACUCCUCCACUUUGCUGCCCGGUAUGGACUGAAGAGUGUCUCCAGCUUGUUGCUACAGUGUCCCGGAGCUGAACGAGCAGUGCACACGGCCAACCGCCACGGACAGACGCCCAUUGAGAUUUCCAAAAGUCACGGUCACACAGAGCUCCACAUCUUACUGAGGGAAACUCUGAAAAUGUUCAAUCCAGGGGAGGAUAAUGGUGAUGCCAGUGUGUAUGAAAUGAUGUGCACUGCAGGAAAAGCUUCCACCAUGGAAAUUCAGAGAGAGCAGCAAGGGAAGGCUGAUGAUGAGGAAGAGGAAGAGGAUCCCUAUGCACCACUAGGGGUGAAUGAUGAAUACGACACCAUUCUGACCUCAACGACAGCCAUCGCCAUUGCUAAUCGCCCCCCUGCGCCCACGCCUCGGCCCGAGACCACCCCGGUGAAGGAGGACAGAACUCCCUACAUCGCUCAAGUGUUCAAGAAAAAGAAGACACAGCAGAGUGAUGCUGAUUUGUAUUCACUUCCAACUAAACAAGCACAAGGGCGAAAGGACAGCAUGUCUUCCACCUAUGACACGUAUGUGCCCAACCAGAUCCAGGGGCUCCAGCAGCUCGUUGAGCUCCGACAGAGGGUGAAAGCGGGUUCACUCACCGUGGAGGAAGCCCUGGAGCGCCUCAAUGACUGGCAGCGGGUUCAGAAGGGCAUGAACGCCGUCCAACAGGAGAAGUUAAGUCAGCUGAGAGCCAGUAUCAUCAACAACAAAGAGGAUGAUGACAGUGUCUAUGAUAAAAUCAACAUCGUUCAUCACACGCCAAGUGCUGCGGUGAAUGAAAGUCGAAGAGGGAGCCAAUCAGUGGAUUCUGAGUUCUACAGCAAGCCUCUUAAAGGACAUACUGGUUUCUUUCGGAAAGCAGACAAACGGUAAAGGCGUUAUCACUUCAGAUACUGUUCUUCCAGAGAUGACAUUUUCUCAAUUUCAAUGUUUUAUCGUAGCCAUGCCUCAGGUUUAUAACAGAAAUGAUAAAUACAUAUUCUUAAAAAUUCAAAAGAGGCAGCAGAAAAUGUUUGUUAAAUAAAGUAAUUUCAUAAUAAUAGAAUAAAGAGCAUAUAUAUGAGGAACAUAUUUUUGUCUUUAAAAGGAAAAAUCCAAUCAGUUCAUUUAACUCUUUUUUUUAUCAUUAUUAUAUCAAUGAUAUAUUAAUUAUAAAAGACCCAAUUUUUAAUAAAUGCAGCAAGUCACACACAGCACACAAAUUAUGUUAUUAAUUAAAAUCUCUGCUGCACCUUCAUUUACUGUGGAAAAUAAAUACUCUUUUGGGGUCAAGAGGUAAUGGAUUUUCAUUAGCCUGCCUCACAAAAAACAGAGUGAAUUUCCCUGUGGCCUAAAAAAAAAAAAAAAAAAAAGACAAUCUGUUAACACAUUGACCACUAGAGGGCGCUUUACCUCUAAGCAUAUCCACGAUUGUCUGUGUUCGAGGAAAGCAAAGACAUCUGGCAAGCACAGAGGCACCUGCUGACCUCCUGAUGGUUCGGAGGCAAGCUAUGGAAAAAUAGACCCAUACAUGUUUAUAAAUGUAAAAGGAAGGUUAAAAACACUCAUACAGCAGGUGAGAACAUCAUGGAAGUCACGCAGGCAUCAGCCAAGAAACGGCAAAAAAAAACCAAUAUAUGAGAAAAAUAACAAAAUUCAUGUAGUUCAAUCCUAAAGUUACGGUCUUUAUUUUGUAACGAAACUCUGCAUAAAGAAGUUUUGUUGUUUAUGUUUUGCUGCCUUAGUUCAGGGAUUUGCAUGUGAAAAAAAAGCUUUACAUGAAUUUAAUAAAUAAAGAGUAAAAGGGCCUUUUAUGAUCACAUCCUUUGAAAUUCAGGAUAAUAAAUGUUCACUGUAUAUACUUGUCAAAAAUCAGAAUUUGCUGUGAUUUACAAAACUAUUCAGGAGUUGGCACAAAAUGCACAUAGUCUGUCUCACACACACAGAUACCAGUUUGUUGGUACAGCCCGGCCUGUGCCUGAAUGAAUGAAUAAGAGCUGCAUGGGGAAUUCAGUGAAUGCAUGGCUAAAUCCAAGCUCAGUCUUGAAACCCAGGCAGAGGCUGAGCUGUGUGCCAACAAAGCAGCUGGGUACACGCUGGGCACAUUUUUCUGUUCAAUCAUGCUCUUUGUGAAUAAUAUGUAUUAAUGCCGUCCCUACUUAGACCUGCCAGUUAGCCUUUGGAGAUGAUCCGGCUUCAGGACCCCAUGGCAUUUGAGGCAUAUGUUUGCCUGUCACCUGCUGUGUAUAUUUCUGUCAGUGUGUUAGGCAUGGACACUGCGAUAGGCCUCGAUUCAUCUUGUAUGCAAAUAUCGGAGCGCCGCCACAAGGAAUCAUUCCCCAGUCGCAGAGAGGCGAGCAGAUAGAGAACUUCAGUGGCAUGUGACUCCCACGCUAAGCAUGUUCCUAUAUGUGGGAAGCAGCGCAUCAAACAUAAGGGAUCAAAGAUUUACUGCUUUUCAGAGCUAUACUGUACUCACAGAGCAAGAGAGUACACAUAGAUCUUUUUUUUAAUGCAUUAUUAAAAUGUAAAUGGUUGAAA